UCGCUGCUCAGAGAGUCCAAGCAAACAUGGCGGCGCACAUAACCAGAGCGGUAAAACGACUUGUUCCACAGCACAACGGUUGGCUCUUGCCUCCAGUCUGGCAGUUGCACACUGAAGGAUGGCGUCAUCACCAUCACUCUGCUGGCCCCUCGCUGCGCUACAUACCUCGCAGGGCAGUCCUCUACUGCCCUGGAAAUGAUGAGCGAAAAUUGAGGAAACUAGCCUCACUGGAUGUCGACUGUGCUGUCUUAGACUGUGAAGAUGGAGUAGCCCUCAGCAAAAAGACAGAGGCCAGGGAGAUCAUUCCCAAGAUGUUAGUGGAAUUGGACCUGGGCCGGACAGAGAAGUGUGUCAGAGUGAACUCUGUAUCCAGUGGCUUAGCUGAAGCUGACCUGCAGGUCAUCCUACAGGGUGAGGUGCUGCCUCCUGCCAUCAUGUUGCCCAAAGUGGAAGACACAGAGGAGGUGCAGUGGUUUGUUGACAGGUUUCAGCACAACUUGAAAGGACGGGCACUGACAGAACCCAUUCGCCUGGUCACCUUUGUGGAAACUGCUGUGGGCCUGCUCAAUUUUAAGGCGGUGUGUGAGGAAGUGCGUCAGCUCGCUCCCAAGGCUGGACUCCACCAUGAUGGAGUGGUGUUUGGCUCCGACGACUUCUGUGCCAGCAUAGGUGCCACGAGGACUAAAGAUGCCAGGGAGCUCCUUUACGCCAGGCAGAAGGUGGUUGUGACCACCAAGGCAUUUGGUCUUCAGGCUAUCGAUUUGGUGUAUAUUGACUACAAAGAUGUGGACGGUCUGAGGCAACAGGCCAGAGAGGGAGCACUCAUGGGCUUCACAGGCAAGCAAGUUAUCCACCCAGGGCAGAUUAAAGCUGUACAGGAAGAGUUCUCCCCCAGUCAGGAGAAAAUCCAGUGGGCACAAGAGCUCAUUGCUGCGUUUGAGCAACACCAAAAGGAGGGAAAGGGUGCGUUCACGUUCCGGGGCAGCAUGAUUGACAUGCCCUCUCUGAAGCAGGCACAGAACAUCAUCACACUCUCCGCCGCUGUGUCAGAGAAAUAACACAACUGGUGUGAAGAAACGGGAGGAGGAACACUGCUGAACCCUGGCAGGAGAGGUCAAUGGAAAAUGGAAAUGUCCCAUGACAGAAAUUGGACAUUAUAAACUUGAAACAUUUCCCGCCAUAGGAGAGCGGAAAUUGUGGUUUUAAUUUAAGUUUUUAAUUAUUGUUGAAAUGUUUUUUCUUCAGUUCAGUUCCUCUGUGACAUUGCUGCUGAGACCUAAUUUACAUUUUUACUUUUACUGAGCGGUAUAUUUUUGCAAAUAGCAGAUAUCUGUCUCUGGAAAUGUGUUGAGGAUUAUUGCCCUGUGUCGACACUUUCUUGGCACACUCUCUAGUGAAUGCACCAUCAUGUCAUUCUCCUGUGUGUGUGUGUGUGUGUGUGUG